AUGUAUCCGCUGGUCCGGCCGCUCACGUUUGUUGCUCCGAUCAUCUCCUCUACUGACGAGAGUGCCGACGUGGACAUCGAUGUUGAUGACGCGCGUGCGCGACACCUGAGGCCCAAGCGUCGCAGCCUCCCCGCGGCCACCUUCGGCUGUCCCGUGUGCGGCGUCACGCUCCGGCAGCAAGAGCUGCAGCAGCAUUGGCAGCUAGAAGUGGACAGGCUGCAAGGAAUCGCCAGGAAUGUGGCGAGGAGGCACCGGUCCGACUCGACGCCAGCAGGCAGCUCCAACAGGACCAACCCUCGUCGGGAGCAGUCCCUGGAGCAGGUGCGCGCCAACCGCGACCAGAGGCGCCAGGGCACCGAGGUUCACUGUCCCGUGUGCCACAUCGCUCUUCGAGGGCUGCCAGAACGUCUCGCCGAGCAUGUCAAUCGUUGCCUCGCCAGGCAGGAAGACGGCGACCUGAUGGACGAGGACGUCGACGUUGACGGCGUGGGCGAGUCCUUCGACGAGUACGAGUGGGCCGGCCAGAGUCGCCUCAGGGCCACGGCGCUCCUGGAGGGCGGGUUCCGCGCCGCCGGCUGGACCACGGCGAGCACCAGCGCCGGCGGCGGCAGCAGUAGCAGCAGUGGUGCCGCCACCGCCGCCGGCCGCGCGGCGAACGACGAUGACGACGUCGACCUGGACGUGGACGGUGACGCCUACGGCAGGGCGCAGUUCUCGGAGGCAGACCUUAUUCCCCUGGCGAGCAGCGAGCCCACCGAAGAGCGUGAGAGGAGGCUACUGCGGCAGGCCGUGGUCUCCUCUGCUGACGCCGUCAACCGGUCGAACACCUCGCCGCGGCGGGACGAAGACUACAUUGUGCCAGUCGAAAGACCGGAAUCCCCGGAGGACAAGCCUGCAUCAGAUGGUGCUGAAGAGGCUAAAAGUACCGAACCGGACCUGCCCAAGGGGGCAAUGUCUCAAGUGGUGCAGUCGCUGCGGGAGCGACUACGAAAGCUGGAGAGCGACAACCAAGCCGUGUCCAAGUGCCUCAUUUGUAUGGAACCUUAUGAAAAGCCCGUGGUGUCUGUUGUCUGCUGGCAUGUUCACUGCCAAGAAUGCUGGCUCAAGACUUUGGGUGCAAAGAAGCUCUGCCCUCAGUGUAAUUCCAUCACAAGCGCCAGCGACCUGCGAAGGAUCUACCUGUGAUGUGUGAUAAACCGAACGUUUGCAGCUUUAGGAAUAUUUUUUACUCAACCUACAAUGUCUACCUGGCUUUUGACGUGACUGUUGACAACCCCUUACCCACCUCCCUUCAAGAAAAAGCUGCACUUGUGCACUUGUGAAAGGAAGCAAUUUUUAUUCAAAAUACUAGUUCCGCCUUGUUGCUGUGUAAGGCACUACUCUGUAAAUAGAAGCAGCUCAUUUACUAGCUGUUUAAUUUUUAUUAUUUUUUCUCAACUUUUUAGCAGAAAGCAACUACUCUGUUCUUCACUCAUGUUUAUGCAUAAAGGUGCAUUGCUUGUAAGGGGAAAGAACAAACCCUUACGUCACCAUUUUGGCAGUUAUACUAUUCAUGUUUGUAUAGUUCAUAUGUUGUGUCUUCAUGUCUGUUUGGUCACUUUAUGCUGGUUUGAACUGAGCUGGCAGUGAUGGUUGAGUGUGUGAAGCAAGCAAGGCUGUCAGAAUCAGCCUCGCAACGUUUGCACUGAAUGAUCUUUUUCUUGUACGUCAUAUUGAAAGCACGAUAUCUGCAAACGCACAGAGUAGGUACAUUGUCAAUUUUAAGGCGCUCUCAGGUAUGAGCAAGUGUAAAUAAAAGUGCACAUAUAUGUUUGACAU